UUUAACACGAGCUGCGCGGGUCUCUGGAGAUGGUGAGCCUGCGCGCCCUGCGAGUUUUCAAACAGUGACCUGCGGCUCCCGGGGGAAGCAUCCUCUAGGGCUUUGACCUGGUUGCUGCGCCCACUCCCCGCACCAGCAGUGGGCGGGACUGGAGUGAGAGAGCGAGCGCCUGGGACUCCCGCUGGCCCAGGGCUCCCGGGGGAAGGAGGGUGGGCGCGGAGAACGCUCCCCGGCUCCGCCUGCGGGUGCGGCGGAACGCGCGCAGCAUGCUCUGGGCAGCGGGGAGGCUCCUGCGCCUCGGCCGGGGACGCGUCAGCCGCUGUAAACCUUUCCCGCCCUGGGGUCUUCCCUGCUACUCCAGCGGCGAAGUCCCCGGAGGUUGUGGGCCCCAAGGUCAAGCAGGGAAGGUUGCCAGGGUCCCCGCCCAGCACAGGCCUUCGCAGUUCGACAAGAAAAUCCUGCUGUGGACCGGGCGUUUCAAGUCGAUGGAGGAGAUUCCGCCUCUGGUCCCGCCAGAAAUGAUAGAUGCCGCAAGAAACAAAGCUCGAGUGAAAGCUUGUUACAUAAUGAUUGGACUCACAAUUAUUGCCUGCUUUGCAGUGAUAGCAUCAGCCAAAAGGGCUGCAGAACGACAUGAAUCCUUAACAAGUUGGAACCUGGCAAAAAAAGCUAAAUGGCGUGAAGAAGCUGCAUUAGCUGCACAGGCUAAGGCUAAGUGAUAGUCUCCACGGCAAAGUGGUCAUCUGAAUGCCAUCCCUGUCAUCAGCAGCAAUAAAAGAUAGGAAAAAUAGGAUAUUUGACAAAAUAAUCACCACAAUUUUAUUUUGGUAACAAAAAGCACAAGAUCUUUUAUAUUUUUACUUAAAUUUUAUUAAAGUAUACCGAACAUUUAAGUGCACAAGAGUGUGUGUUCAGCUUGAUAAGAUUUUUACAUAGUGAACAUAAUUUUGUUACUAAUGCCCAAGUCAAGACGUAGAACUAUAGCACCUCAGAACUUCUUUCCUGCCCUUGCUUAAUCGUUACUCCCCAAAGGUAAUCACUGUUCUGAGUUUUAUAAUCCUACAUUCGUUGUUCCUGUUUCUGAGCUUUAUAUAAAUGGAAUUUAUACACUAUGCACUUGUGUGUGUGUGUGGAUACUUAACAUAGGUAUAAGGUUCAUCCAUAAAUUGUGUGUAGCAUGAGUUUAUUGCUGAUUAGUAUUCUGUUUUAUGAAUAUGCCACGAUUUAUCUGAACAUUCGGUCCAUUUUUGGCCAAGACAUGCACUUUUUACAUCAAAGUGAGAUUGAACUAAAUCAUUAAGUGUUCUCUAAAAUCGAAACUGAUUUUCAACCAAAUGGAUACUUUCUUUUCAUAGUUCACAAGUAGGUGAAGUAGCUUUUAAAAGUCUCACAAACCAAGGACUAUUAAUUCCAAAAUAUGUUACUAAAAUGAUAAAGUACAAAAACAGUAAUUUUAAAAGUAAUUAUUAAGGCUUGGCACCUGUAGCUCUGUGGUUAGGGCACCAGCCACAUACACGGAGGCUGGCAGGUUCAAACCCAGCCUGGGCCUGCUAAACAACAAUGACAACUGCAACAAAAAUAUACCUGGGCAUUGUGGCGGGCACCCACCUACUUGGUAGGCUGAGGUAAGAAAAUUGCUUCAGCCCAAGAGUUUGAGGUUGCCGUGAGCUGUGAUGCCACGACACUCUACCAAGGGUGACAUAGUGAAACUCUGUCAUAAAAAAAGUAAUUAUUAAGACAAAAACAUUAGAGAAAAAAAUGGUACAUGCCAAUGUUCUUUUAAAGUUAUGUAUCUUUUACUCACAUGUC